AUGUCGCACGGACGGCGGCUUGUCUCGCUAGCGGGCUCCGUCCUGAUCGCGCUGUCGGCCGGCAGCACGUACGUCUUUAGCUCGUACGCCCCCCAGCUGCAGGAUGUGCUGCAUCUCUCGAGCACGCAGCUGAACGUUUUGGGCCUCGCUGGUAACCUCGGCAUGUAUCUCUCGGGCCCGGUCUGGGGCCGCUGGAUCGACCACGCCGGUCCGCACGGUGCGGUCCUCACGGGCUCCUUCAUGGUCCUCGGUGGCUACGGCAUGCUCUCGCGUGCGUACAAAUACGAGUGGGAAAACAUCCCGGUCGCCUUUCUCGCCUUUUUCCUACUCCUGACCGGUCUCGGCAACUCGGCAGGGAACAAUGCGGCGAUCAACGUGCAGGCCAAGUCGUGGGGCGGCAGCCGCCGUGGCACGGCCAUGGCCACCGUCCUCUCUGCGUUUGGCCUGAGCGCGUUCCUCUACUCGACGCUCUCGCACCUGUUCUUUGCAGGGAACGUCACGGGCUACCUCGUGAUGCUCAGCGUGGGCAGCUUUACGAGUUUCCUGGUCGGCAUGUCGCUCCUCAAGAUCAUCCCGCCGCAGGACGGCGAGUUUGACGAGCCGCAGACCGGCGGCCAGUACGCGCGCGUCCCGGACGAGGCACCGAGCGACCGCGAGGCGGCGGAGCCCGGCCCGCGCCGCAUGCGCCGCUCGCGCUCGUCGUCCGAGGUGAGCGCGCGCGUCUAUGCGUGGCUCGACGACAUGGCGGAGCGCGAGGCGGACACAGCCGACAUGGACGACCCGUUCGACGAGCCCGAGGCGCACCACACCGACAUUACCGGUUUUGCGCUCCUGCGCGAGGUCGACUUUAUUUUGCUGUUUAUUAUCGUGAGCAUGAUAUCUGGCGCCGGCCUGCUGCUCAUCAACAACGUCGGCACAAUCACACGUGCGCUGUGGGACUACAACCGCCGGAAAGAGCGCGGCCUCGACACCAUGCUCGAGUCGUACCUCUUGCGCGGCGUCGACGUGCUUUCGGACAAGGCCGAGAAGCUCGCGAUCCAGCGCGUGCAGUCGCUGCAGGUGUCGUGCAUCAGUAUGGGCAACGCGGGCGGGCGUAUCCUGAUUGGCGUCGUGUCCGACUACCUCGUGCGCAUCAGCGGCGAGCCGACCUACCGUACGUGGCUCCUGAUCCCGGUGACGGUCCUUGCGAUUAUCUCGCAGGGCCUCGCCGCGUGGCCGGACACGAUCACGGACGUGCACCGCCUGCUCUUUGUCUCGUCGCUGACGGGUCUAAUGUACGGCACGCUCUUUGGCAUCGGCCCAGUGCUGGUGUUUGAGUGGUUCGGCAUCACGUCCUUCAGCCAGAACUGGGGCUACAUGAGCCUCAGCCCGGUGAUCGGCGGCAACAUUUACAAUCUUCUUUUUGGUCAGGUGUACGACUCGAACGUGUCGACGACCUCGCACACGCACCGCUGCCACAAGGGCGAGGAGUGCUACCGCACGGUGUUUAUUGUGACGACCGUCGGCUGCUUUAUCGCGCUCGCGACUAGCGCCGUGCUCAUCGUCCGCCGUGUAAAGGGCGUGUCGUCGCGCCUCGGCAAGGCGCUUCGUUCGAUUCGUGGGGAAUAG